UACAUAUUUUAAUAUUUUAUAUGUAAAAUGUAUUUUGAUCUAUAACUAAAUUCAAUCAUUUAUGAUUUCCAAUUUUAACAGUUUAAUUGUCCAUUAUCUACCUUCCAUUAUUCAAAAUAAGUGACUAAAUGGGUAAUUAAGAGGUUUGUCCUCCCCGCAAUUUCUGCCAACAAUAGUGAAUAUUAUAUUUGAUCACGAAUAAAUUCAGUACAGUAAUUUUUGGAUAUGAUUAAGUAAUUUAAUUGUAAUCUAUGUCUCUAUUAAAACAUUCAAUAUUUAUUAAGUUUUCUUAAAAAGAAGGGAGAAGUCUUGAGUUGGUGAACACACUAAAUUUUCCCGAACUGGGAGAACAUAUUUACAUAUCAAUCAUAUAUAUACAUUGUACAUUAGUGUAUUAAUUAUACUAACCAUAAGUACUUUAUAUCACGGCUUAGAGAACAAUAUUUCAGAGGGCGAGACGUUGCGUUUUUCCAUUUUCCCUGAAUAGAACAGUCAAUUGCUGUUUAUAAAUAACGACUUUUUCAACGUUUUUUUAAUUCGCUAAAACAAAAAAAAAGUACGGCCUGCUCUCCGGAAAAUUGUUCUCUAUUAAUUUCAUGAUAGAUGCUUUUAGUUUUUUAUUCCUAUAUCUUGUGUAUGUAAGACAGAAACAACGAAUGCAUGUUUAACGUCAUCUUAUGUAUCUUAAGUAUCCUAACCUAACCUGAACAGAACUACGUGGACAGCUGAUCCCUAGUAGUGAUGCUAAAAUGUUAUGAACAUUGAUAACUCUUAUCUUUGUUAUUGUUACAAAAAAAAUAGCAAUUAGAACUAACCUCAGUCCACACUACUAACUGUGUAGUCAAAUAAUGGUAAUGUCAUCGUUUGUUCUUCUGUUGUGUGUUUUCAGCUCAAAAUAAUAAAUUAUUAUUCAUUUAUUGUAACUUGUAAAUUUAAAAAAUGGUGGUAAGUUUUUGAUUAAUUUCAUUAUUCAAUCCUGAUUAUACAAGAAAAACUUUCUUUAAAAAUUUAAAUAUGUUUGGUUUUAAAUUCUGUUCAAUACUAGUUACCUAAUUAUUAUGUGGUAGAACAGUAUAUUGAUUAAAUAUCUACAGUAAAAUACUAAAGUUUAGCUUUAACAGUAAUAGUUUAGGCAAUUUGAUUUGUUGGAAAAUUAUUGAUAACUAUCCAAUUUAUAUAAACUUUAUUAAUUAUUACAAUUUGUGAAACUAUGAUUGUUAUACUGAACUGAAGGUUUUAGGAAAGUUAUAAAUGUAGUAUGAAUUUAAAAAAAUAAAUUUUAUGUUGGGUAUAUAUGAUGAUCAUUUUACGUAGUGUAUACAAUUUUUGUCCAUUGUAUGAACCAAAAGAAGUCUAACAUAUUUUAACUGAAGUUCAUUUGUUAGUUUAAUAAUAUUAUAAUAAUAUUUCAUUAAUAUUAAUAAUAUUAUAAUAAUAUUUCAUUAAUUUAUAUAACUGUGAACAGAGCUAGAUAUCAUACAAUUUAAUGAGUGCUUUUAUUUUCUCAGAAAACCCUUAAAAAUGUAUGUGUGCCCCAGUAUUAAUCUUAUAUCAAUUGUUUACUUAUAUAUAUUUAUUUUAAAAUUAAUCAACAAUACUUUAUCGUUGGAAAUAUUAGGAAUUUUAAUUUGUUUUCUGACUAUAUAACAAACAAUAAAUAUGGAUAAAAAAAUUAAUUAAAUUUUAAAUUCUGAGUAUAGCGAUAAAUAUAAUUAAAGAUAAUUAUAAAAUAAAAUAUACUCUUAAGUUAAGCUAGAACCUUUACAUGGCUUUAAAGUAAUUUUUGAGAUAAAUUUAUUGUAUGAAUCAAAGUAAUUAAAAAUAUUAUCGCACUGGCCCAUUUUUGUGUUUCAUUCCAAAAUAUAGCACCCAGAUUUUGCAUUGAGUGCGGAACUGGCAUAUGAGCUAUGUGAGACGAAUUUUAGAUUUCUAUUGAUAAGAUAAUAUUAAUAAUACUCGAUAAUAUACAUUAUUGCUAUAUUAUUUGGAAUGAAUAUUGUAUAUUGUAUAGUAUAGACUAUGAAUUGUGAACAAUAUGUAAAAAGUUAAGUUCGUAAAUUUAAAUGGUUUUAGAGUUAUUGUAUUAAAUAACCAGUUUAUAACAAUUAAAGUAGUGGUGUGAAUUUAUUUUAGGCCUUUAUUAGCCAUUGUUCAUAUGACCAUAACUAAUGUUGAAUUUAGGUACACUCCAAGGGUAGAAAAUGCCCCCUCUAGAAUUUCUUCAUUCACCCCCCCUCCAUGACAAAUACAAUAACAAUAUGAAAAAAAUGUAUUUAUUAAAUGUACAGUGCUUAUCUACUUGUUACUAUUUCCAUUUUACAUCAAAAGAACCAAUCAAUAAAUUGUUUUUGGUAGAUUACAAUUUUUUGUGUUCCAGCUAAGUAUUCAUAUGACGUCACUGACACAAACACUCGCACUGUACUGGGUGUUGCACUGUAAGGGUAGGUGAAAAACGCUAUAAGUCUCCAGAUGCUGAAAUUAAUUUUAUCGCAAUGUAAUUUAUCCAUACCCAUUGCACGUGAAAUUUGUUAAUUUGAUGCAUUUUUUUUAAAUGUUUUAUCAUUAAGUGAAAAGUUUAUGUAUCCAGAUAAUGAAAAUUUGACUGUACGGGUACUUUUCAUGAGCAGGUUAAAUUAAAUGGAUAAUUGUAUUAUAAAUAUAUUAUUAGGAACUGGAAGACGAUGUACAAAUGGUAUCUUCUGAAUUAGAUAGAACAUUCAUUUUUGAAGAUGAAGGACAUACAUUGGGAUCGUUACUAACAUACGUUUUAGAAAGUUUUCCAGAAACAAAUUUCUGUGCUUAUUCCGUAAGGCAUCCAUCGGAAAAUAAAAUUUACUUUAGAUUAAAAGUAAAGGAAGGCAAUAUUGUAGAAGAAGUAUUCAAACGUGGCAUUCAAGAGCUUAAUAAAGUGUUGAAUCAUGUUAAAAAAACAUUUAAUGUAUGUAGAAUUUUCAAUUAUUGCAUAAUAAUUAGUCUAUUUAAUGAAUUCAAUUUUUUUUGUUAUAGAAAGCGAUUACUAACUAUGAAGGAACUAAGUAAAGACGCAUAAAAAUUAAAAUGUAUAUUAAAAUUAAAAUCGUAGUGAAUAAAAAGUUGUUUUAUACUUUUAAAAAAAUUGUAUUUAUUAUAAAACUUUAUAUCGAGCUUUAUUAACCAUAUGAUGUGCAGAAGUCUGCAUUUUCAAUAAUUCUUCUUUUAUAAGACGAGUAAUUUCUAUUUUUGCUUUAGAAACUGCCAAUUCAUCAGUACUUUCAAUGGCUAAAAACAGUUUACGUUCUCCUUCAGGAGGAUUUUUAGGUGGCGGGUAAUAAGUACCUCUUACUGUGAUACCUGCCUCUGAAUAUUCUGAUAUUUGAGCUAACGCCUCCUAAAAUUUAUAAUUAAAAUAUAAAAAAUAUAUGAAUAAAUUAAAUGAAAUAUUUUUACUAACCUUAGAUGUAACUCUCCACCUAGCCUGCUGAGGAAAAUCAUUAAUUUCUAAUUCUUCUUCAUAUUUUCUAAAUAUUUCUUCCAUUCCAGCUUCAGGACCAUCACCACAUUCACUUUCACCAUCAUCAUCUUUUGGUUGAUAAUUCAAUCGUGUAUUUAAUUUGGCUGCUAAUUGUUCAGCAACAGUCUUAGCAGUAAUAACAGGUUGAGAACUGGCAAGUCCUCCUUUUAAUAUGGCUUCUGCAGUUUGCUGUGAAGCACCUUUAGCAUCUGGACCAAGGUUUUUAGCUAUAUGGAUACGUGAAGCCAAGCGUUUGGCUAAUUCUAGACGCUCUGAUGCUUGAGGAGCUCCAUUAACUUCCACUAAAAAAAUAUAAUAUACAUAUAUUAAACAGUAU